GUGUCUGACCCGGUCAUGAUUUGGUUCGAGGUGUCUCUGUCGCAACUCGUAAAGGUGGAUGAAGUGAACCAGAUUAUGGAGACUAAUUUGUGGCUGAGACAUAUAUGGAAUGAUUACAAACUGAAAUGGAAUCCAGAGAAGUAUGGAGGUGUUCAGUGUAUUCGAGUGCCAUCGCAGAAGAUCUGGAAGCCAGAUAUUGUGCUAUAUAACAAUGCUGUUGGAGACUUCCAGGUGGACGACAAAACCAAAGCAUUGUUGAAUUACACCGGGAAUGUGACUUGGAUGCCACCAGCUAUUUUUAAGAGCUCAUGUAAAAUCGACGUGACAUACUUUCCAUUUGACUACCAGAACUGCACCAUGAAGUUUGGCUCCUGGUCCUACGACAAAGCCGAGAUCGACUUGGUUCUCGUUGGCUCCACUAUGAACCUCAAGGACUAUUGGGAGAGUGGAGAGUGGGCCAUCAUUAAGGCACCAGGCUACAAACAUGACAUCAAAUACAACUGCUGUGAAGCCGUGUAUCCAGAUAUCACCUAUUCCCUUUAUAUCAGGCGGCUGCCCUUAUUUUACACCAUCAAUAUGAUCAUCCCGUGCCUCUUGAUCUCCUUCUUAACCGUGUUGGUGUUUUAUCUGCCUUCUGACUGCGGUGAGAAAGUGACACUGUGCAUCUCAGUCCUUUUGUCCUUGACUGUUUUCCUGCUGGUGAUAACAGAGACCAUUCCUUCGACCUCUCUAGUGAUUCCACUGAUUGGGGAGUACCUCCUCUUCACCAUGAUAUUUGUCACUCUCUCCAUAGUCAUUACAGUGUUUGUGCUCAAUGUACACUACAGGACGCCAAGGACACACACCAUGCCUGAAUGGGUGAAAACCAUCUUCUUGAACUUUCUCCCCAGGAUCAUGUUCAUGACCAGGCCCACCAGUGAAUCAGAUGACGGUGGCCAGGACUCAAAGCCGUCUUACAACACGGAGCUCUCUCACUUGGACUGCUUUGGCGGCACAGAGACCAGGUGCUACAAAGACGGCCUCCCGUGCCAAGAAACAACCUGCGUUUGCUACCAACACCAACAUAUAAAAUACGUCAAGGUGAACAGCAACCUGAUCCAGAGCUCCAGUUCUGAAUCUGUAGACGCUCUGCUUUCGUCUUUGGUAGUAUCACCAGAAAUGAGAGAUGCAAUCGAGAGCAUUAAAUACAUUGCAGAAAAUAUGAGAAUGCAAAAUGAAGCCAAGGAGACACAAGAUGACUGGAAAUACGUCGCCAUGGUCAUUGAUCGCAUUUUCCUGUGGGUAUUUAUUCUUGUGUGCAUUCUGGGAACAGCGGGACUAUUCUUGCAACCGCUAAUGGUUAGAGAUGAAGUAUAGGCAAUACUCCCCUGUAAAAAUCUAUUUCCUGUUUGCUGUCCAAACGUCUUACCUGCUCUCUCUUUAUGUUAAAGUACUUAUUCCUGUGUCUUUCAGUAGUGGAGUAAAGAUACUUAAACAUUAGGCUAGAUUCAGCCACCUUCCAUUUAAAUGUAAAAACACUAAUGAUUUGUGUAACACUGUUAUGAAGUACUGUAUAAGACUGGAGAAUUUUAAUUUCUAGGAAGACUGCCAGUUUUCUUCUUAUAUUCAUUCCUAGAAGAAAAUGAAAUUUCAAUACAUAUGAGUAAGAGGGUUCUAAUGAGUGGGUGUAAAGAGCCUCAAAGUAAUGCUCUUACACAAGUGGAAAAAGUGUGUUCUACUGCCCUAAGCCAACCAAAAAUAUUGCAGUAGCUUAACAAUGUGGAUCACUGCAACAACUCUAGCCAUAUCAUUGGUGGUGUGUCAAAAGUGAAGUCCUCCUCUCUAAAUUCACUGGGAUACUAGGUGACUAUGAAAUCAAUUCCUCAACUCAAAAAGGAAGGAUUUCUUCAAGUAACACACAGCUAAUUUAUGGAAGUCCUGGCCAUAAGGUAUGAUACACACAUCUAUAGGGAAGCCAAUAAAAAGAGCAAAACACCAGGCAGGAAGUCAUUCACUAAGAUAUAGUC